CUUGAAUGAAAAAAAGUUCAUUCUUUUAUGCCAAAAAUAGGAUUUUUACUAUUUAAGUGCAUAAAAUCGCAUAAAACACAGAGUGUUGGCAGAUUUAAACCAUUGUAUUAUGUCUCAUUCUACUAUCAUGCAUAUAAAGUUAUACUUAACGUUUUCGUUUUAAUGAGAAGUUAUAAUAACAAUGAUUUUUGCUUACAUUCGUCACUCGUUUAGGAUCUAUCUGUUAUAACUGAAUAUUGUAACAUGAAUGUUGGCAACCUCUUCAUGCUGAGGUUUUUUUUUGUUUUUUGAUCAUAUUGUCAUGCAUUCAAUGGUACCGGACAUACUUUAAGGUUGCUCAAGGUUGAUUGUUUGGAAAAUCAACUAAAAAAUCAAAAUAAAAUAAGGGUUGGUUUUCUUUAUAUUGUUUUAAUUCAAUAAACUAGGUCAGAAGUAGUUAGUAGUCUAAAUAUUGAUUUAUAGUUGAUUACAUCCGUUUGUCUUAUGCUUCAUAUCUUAGUUGUCUUUACAUGCAAAUUUGACAAUUUCUUGGAAAGCUUCAACCGUACCAGAGCCUCAUAGUUUAUUUCACCUAUUUUAAACCUUCCGCGUCCACCAAGGAUGUGCUAAAUUUAGCACUGCAUUUAUGUUUAAAAUGAUCAAUUUACUCAUGCCCAACUCCGUUACAUUCAUCAUUGAACAGAAUUACUAUUUUCAACAUAACAAUGAUACUAUAUCUUCAGUUAAUAGAACAAAAAGCAAAAACAAUGACUGAACCACGCUUUUUCUGUUCUCUUUAGGAGAAAUUAUAUUACGGGAAAACUUAAUUAUAGCAGUCAGAAAUUAUGUAUAUGGAUGCAUAAUAGAAGGAAAAAGGGAUGUGUACGAAAACAUAGGCACCCGUUCUACGCAUAAAUAUUAAGGUUCUAUACGUAGCACAACAGAUUAUUCUUUAUCAAUUAAUGAAAAUUGAGAAAGACUGUGGCUUUUUUAAUGCAUAGUACACGCUCAAUACAAAGUUGAGAAAACAAAAAUGUAUGAACGAGUCUAUACUAAAUGGGGGGUGGGGUGGAAGAGUAUAGAGUAUGGUGGAAAUUUUAGUUGCAUUGAAUGACAGGGAAUAUGCUAAAAUGUAAAACACAUUUCAGUGAUUGUUAUUGUUUAUAAAUUUAUUAACAGAAAUAUAGUGAAUCGUUACGAAGUUCUCAUGAUCCAAGUGACAUUGUAGCUAUUCGGGUUUGACCAGACAAUGUAUACGGUUACAAACGUUGUUUGUUAUUCUCCCAUUAGAGUGCUUAUGUUAUAUACUUCAAUUUCGGGGAACUCGUAAACUGAAUUAGGAUCUUCUGGAAGUAAAACAUUAUAGUGUGCAUCAUUUCUUCCUGGAUUUGAUAAAUGUAAGACUAUUGGAAAAGUAGUACUAUCAAAGCUUGGAGGUUGAAUUUUAAAGAAUUGUUUUCUUUUAUUUUGAUGUUGCACAAUGAUAAAACACCUUUCUAAUGUCAUACUGAGAGCAAAUAAUGUAUCCAUAUUACCAUAUUCUCCUGGUGUGCAGCAUAUCUUUAAUAGAUCAGAAACUGUCUCUGAUUCUAGCCAAUGUCUAUUUUCUAGGGUUUGAAAAAGUUGUACUUUUUCUGUCACUGUUAAAAAUGCUAUAGCUCUUAAAUCCAUUGAAAAAGUUUCAUUUCCUGUUAGAGCAUAAGAAACGGCAUUGAAUUGACAGUUACCAAAUCCGGUUAUGACGAUCUCUUUAAACCCUUUCAAAUACUGGCCCGAAGACGUACACCGAGCAUCUCGAUUACUAUUAAACCAAAUAGAUGCCAUGGAGAACGGUGAGGAAAACUGCAAUGCGGAAAAUGGCAGCGACAUUCAAGGCAUGAUGUCGGCUAUAAGUCAACAUGGGUCAGAUAUUGCUGAAAUUAAGAAUUUCCUGGCUACGUUUUCGACCGGCGCAGUGGCGAAUGCCGGCGCAGUGGCGACCUCUCCGCAAGCGGAGGCGGAGGCCGUAGCGCAGGCCCGGGCGUUGGCCCACGCACAGGCACAGGCGCAGGCACAGGCGCAGGCACAGGCGCAGGCACUGGCGCUGGCACAGGCGCAGGCACAGGCACAGGCACAGGCACAGGCGGAAAUGAUAGCACGGCAAGAUGCAAUUAUAAAACAAAUGGCCGAUGACCGAUGGCGGCCUAAGCUUGGGCAGAGAGGAGAUUCGGUCAAAUACUUGCACAAGCAAACAAGCUUUUUUUCUAAGCAGCUUAAUAAUGCCACAAAAAUGGGAUUAAAUAUCAUCAACAAAAUCAACGGCGCCCAAUUGAAAGAAGAAGAGAGGAAGAUUUUAAAAAAUAAAAUCGAAAGAGCCGUAGAAGAAAUGCGAGACGAAGUGACCCACAUUAUUAGUUUAUUGCUUAUUGCUUGCAACAGUUACCGACAAAACGUCAAAAGGAUAACAUAACGAAAACCAGUGAUCUAUGCAAAAAGUGAGUUCUUUUAUUCUCCUAAGGGAAACCUAUUCUUUGACUUUUCAAAGUGUUGUCCUUUUGAUGUUUAUUCUUUAUUUCGGUUUGUUUCUGUUCACUUUUCGAACAAGAAUAAUUUUUCUCUUUAGUUAACACUUACAACAAUUUCCAUCAAAUACAUCGUGAAAAUUUUUGUCUUGUGAAAGAAUUAAAUAGAUUUUUUUUAAUCGUCUGUUGAUGUUCGUUACCUUUAAUCAAUACUAAAUUUUGUUAGGAAAUUCUAUUCAGCGCAAUUUAUUUCAGUGAAAAUAUCAUUUUAUUACACAAAUCUAACUAAAAAUUACUAAAAACUUUUCUUUUGAAAUUUCAAACACUGUUUUCAUCAAAACCAUAGAAUGAAUAUAUUGCAAGGAAAUUUCAGGAAACGUCAUGAUUAUUCACUAUACAUAGAUCUAAAAAUAAUUUAAAUGUCUGUGAUAUAUAAUGCAUAUAAUUGGAGCAUGGGUUUUCACAGAAGUUUACAUGAUUUGUCAUGUAAAUCUCGUAAAAUAUCGUGUAAGCUUCUACCAUACGUCAUGUAAUUCAGCAUGACUCAGAGUUACAUAUAGUCAUUGGAUAUAACAUAAAUUUACAUGAUAUAUCAUGAAAACCGUCACAGCUGGGAGCUACAUGGCUAAAAUGAAGUUUACAUGACGUGAAAUCCUCAUUAUUUUUAUUUGUGUAAAAUCCACUCAAUUUCUAGUUUUUUUAUUUCCUUUUUCAGCACCUUCAAAAUAAUCUUAGGGUUAUCCUACUUUGGUUGGCUUUUCGAUCCGAUUAAAUUAAAAGAGGGCCAAUCCGUCGGUAGUUUCCACAAUCAAUAAACCCAGGUUGAAAAAAACCUGCCAUAGGUUAUAUUGUAACAAUUUAACUGGCGGGUAUUGUUCAAAAGCCACUCACAGAGAAGUUUUAUUCUAUGCAAUUAUCUUAAUGCUAGAGUAUUUAAGUUUCUCAAAACUUUUUCAUUUCAUGGGUCUUGCCGAAGUCUUGGAAGAAUCUUGAACUAGUCUGAUGACCCUUCUUGCAGUUAGGGUACUUAAUAGAAAGCUUAACUGAACGAUAAAAGUUCGAUAAACUUAUCGACUACAUAAUGUAAAAAUUCAUUAUCAAAUUUGUCAACCACCAUGGAGUAACUUGCAACAGUUGAAAUCGACAAAACAAAACUUCUUUUCGCGAUAUCUCGGAUAAAAAUAAUCGAUAUGGAUCAUUUAUCAAUUACGUAACGCGCUCAUUUUUAAAAUUCAACUCAAUUUUAUAUAUUUUUUGCACGUGACUUUCAAACAUUUGAAAUAUUUUGAAAUUUUACAUCUUGUUGAAAGAUCAGUUCAGUUUAUGGACGUUCUAAAACAAUCACCAACAUUAAUUUUGAACCUAGAUGGAGUAAACUAGCUGAAUGCUUAAAUUAACGGUUUUGAUAUUUACAAAGUUGAAUGAGUGUUCGUUCAUGCUAUCAUGCUAUUUUAGCUGAACAGCACUUCAAACUGGAAAUUAACCAAAUAUUACUUUCCCUCCCUUUCCAAAAAUAUAUAUUAACCUUAACGUUGCCGGAGCGCAUAGAAAUGUAUGGAGAUAACGUGUCAUGGUUUACAAAAGUGCAGAUAACUUUUGAUAGGAAAAAGAUACAUCUCUAAUUUUUUGAUAUGUUGUGUAAAAAUGUCCCAGCUUUCGAUUGACGCAAAAAAUUUGAAAAUCGGUGGUUGCCAACAUGGUGAAAAAAUUGUUUUGGUAAAUAAAUUCAAGAUGGCGGCCGAAAUCAAUAUGGCCGAUCAAACUUUUUAUAACUGCAAAAAGUGCCUCUAUCUUUUCUCUUCUCAACAACAUUUUGUUUUGAAGUUUUUUUCUGGUGAAACUUUCGAGUUAUAACGGUUUAAAUGAGCCAACAAUUGAUCAAAAUCGAGGGGUCCCGCCAUAAUAGUUGUGGCUCUAACUAACAGGGGGACCAUCAAUUUGAUUAACAAAAUGCAUAUUCCUUUAUUUUUUUGGGGAGGACUUUCAGAAAAUCGCCACUUUAAACAUUCUUGAAGACAUGGUGUAAAUAGUGGGACGGUCUCAGCGAGAGUUACCCAAAUGCAAUUUAUAUUAUUUCCAGGAUAAUUGCUAAUGUUUGUUAUUCUGAAGACCUUCUUCUUCUUCUUUCUGGCUCUACGUCCCCACUGGGACUUGACCUGCCUCGCUUCAACUUAGUGUUCUUUGAGCAUUUCCACAGUUAUUAAUUGAAGGGCUUCCUUUGCCUGCCAUUGCAUAAUUUUGUAUAUUGUGAGGCAAGUAUAAUGAUACACUAUGCAAAGUGAGUCGAGAAAAUUUUCCCGACAGGAACGGGAAUCGAACCCGCCGUCUCCGGAUUGGCGAUCCUUAGCCUUAACCACUAGGCUAACUGGAGACCCCUCUGAAGACCUACGCGUUUGAAAUAAUGAUGUGCUUGAACAAAUUUGCUGAUUAAUUGAUUUCUGUAGAAUACAUCGAGAAUUCCCUAUAUAUAUAUUUUGGUGGUUCAAAAAAUCGUUUUUGCUCCACACCGCUUAUUUGAUUCGUAACCAGAUGCUGAGCCUUCUCUCAAAAUUUGAGCUGAUUUGGUUGAAAGUUGAGAGUGCACAAGCUCUUCAAAGUUUGUAUGAAAAUUAAUAUGGGAAAACGACGUUUUUCAAUCAAUUGACCGUAGUAUUUCGCCAUGUGCCCUAGAGUGUUGGUUGACCCUUGGUACUUCUAGUCUACUCUUUCAGCUACAACUUUGCCGAAGACCACUUUCAAAUCGAACGCCUCAUUAAUUAGUUUAUAUCGGCCAACUGGUUAAAAAUAAUUGUUUUUUUUUUAUUUUCAUAUUGUUUAUUUUUUUCUUAAAUAAUAACUAUUAGUUUCAAUGAGUCGGCAUGCAAUUGUUGCUUAUAUUUAUUAGAAGUGUAAGAAGGGUACUGUUCACCAUCGGUGGAUUAAUUCGGGUUUUUAUGAUCAAAUUUGGUUUCUCAAGGAGCUCUGCAUGAAAAUGCAAUUGCAUCAAAUACAUAAAAGCUACUAUCUCUUUGUAAUAUUUGAGCUUAAUAAACAGUAGCAAAAAUAUCACGGAAUGUAUGUAGGAAAAGCCUUUUUUUUAUGAUCAAAUUUGGUUUCUCAAGGAGCUCUGCAUGAAAAUGCAAUUGCAUCAAAUACAUAAAAGCUACUAUCUCUUUGUAAUAUUUGAGCUUAAUAAACAGUAGCAAAAAUAUCACGGAAUGUAUGUAGAAAAAGCCUUUUUUUAUGAUCAAAUUUGGUUUCUCAAGGAGCUCUGCAUGAAAAUGCAAUUGCAUCAAAUACAUAAAAGCUACUAUCUCUUUGUAAUAUUUGAGCUUAAUAAACAGUAGCAAAAAUAUCAUGGAAUGUAUGUAGGAAAAGCCUUUUUUUUAUGACCAAAUCUGGUUUCCCAAGUUAGCUCUACAUGAAAAUGCAACUGCAUCAAAUACAUAAAAGCUAAUAUCUCUUUGUAAUAGUUGAGCUUAAUAAACAGUAGCAAAAAUAUCAUGGAAUGUAUGUAAGAAAAGCCUUUUUUUUAUGAUCAAAUUUGGUUUCUCAAGGAGCUCUGCAUGAAAAUGCAAUUGUAUCAAAUACAUAGAAGCUACUAUCUCUUUGUAAUAUUUGAGCUUAAUAAACAGUAGCAAAAAUAUCACGGAAUGUAUGUAGGAAAAGCCUUUUUACCCUUCUUACACCCAUAAGAAGGGUAUAAAUACCGCUUGGAAAACCGACUUUCGAUCCGAGGCCCGCAGGGCCGAGUCACAUAUACCAAUCAACUCAGCUCGACGAAUUGAGCAAAUGUCUGUAUGUGCGUGUGUGUGUAUGUGUGUGUGUAUGUGUGUGUGUAUGUGUGUGUGUAUGUAUGUUACAAAAAAAUGUCACUCACGGUUCUCAGCCGUCUGUUGACCGAUUUGAGUUCUCUUGGAAGCAAAUGAAAGCUACUACAUCCUAGUAGAACGCUAUUGAAUUUUAUUUUGAUUGGACGUUCGGUUACCGAGAUAUCUUUCAAAGAGUGCUAGGGAGUAGUACAACUUAAUUAUUUUAGAUAUUUUUGACAAAGUGUAUCACCAUAAAUUUCUCAGCCGUCUAUCAACCGAUUUGGGUUCUUAAGGCCCCAAACGAAAGCUACUACAUCCUAGUAGAACGCUAUUGAAUUUUUUUUUGAUUGGACGUUCGGUUACCGCGAUAUCUUUCAAAGAGGGCUAGGGAGUAGUACAACUUAAUUAUUUUAGAUAUUUUUGACAAAGUGUAUCACCAUAAAUUUCUCAGCCGUCUAUCAACCGAAUCGGGUUCUUAAGGCUCGAAACGAAAGCUACUGCACCCUAGAAGAACGCUUUUGAGUUUCAUUCCGAUUGGACAUUUUGUAACCGAGAUAUCUUUCGGGGAGUACUUUGGAGUAAUACAACUUAACUUUUUCAGAGGUCUUUGACAAAAUGCUUCAUAAUAAAUGAAUCAGCCGUGUGUCAAUCGAUUUGAGUUUCUCAGCAUCAAAUGAAAGCUACAGCAUCUAAGUAGUAUGCUAUUAAAUUUUAUGCCGUUUGGACAUUUUGUUUCCGAGAUAUCUUUCCACGAGUACUAAGGAGUAAUGAAAUUUACGCUUUUGAGAGAUUUUUGAUAAAAUGUAUCAUAAUACAUUUCUCAGCCGUUUGUCAACAGAUUUUUUAUGAUCAUAUUUGGUUUCUCAAGUUAGUUCUACAUGAAAAUGCAAGUGCAUCAAAUACAUAAAAGCUAAUAUCUCUUUGUAAUAGUUGAGCUUAAUAAACAGUAGCAAAAAUAUCACGGAAUGUAUGUAGGAAAAGCCUUUUUUUAUGAUCAAAUUUGGUUUCUCAAGGAGCUCUGCAUGAAAAUGCAAUUGCAUCAAAUACAUAAAAGCUACUAUCUCUUUGUAAUAUUUGAGCUUAAUAAACAGUAGCAAAAAUAUCACGGAAUGUAUGUAGGAAAAGCCUUUUUUUUUAUGAUCAAAUUUGGUUUCUCAAGGAGCUCUGCAUGAAAAUGCAAUUGCAUCAAAUACAUAAAAGCUACUAUCUCUUUGUAAUAUUUGAGCUUAAUAAACAGUAGCAAAAAUAUCACGGAAUGUAUGUAGGAAAAGCCUUUUUUUUAUGAUCAAAUUUGGUUUCUCAAGGAGCUCUGCAUGAAAAUGCAAUUGCAUCAAAUACAUAAAAGCUACUAUCUCUUUGUAAUAUUUGAGCUUAAUAAACAGUAGCAAAAAUAUCAUGGAAUGUAUGUAAGAAAAGCCUUUUUUAUUUAUGAUCAAAUUUGGUUUCUUAAGUUAGCUCUACAUGAAAAUGCAAGUGCAUCAAAUACAUAAAAGCUAAUAUCUCUUUGUAAUAGUUGAGCUUAAUAAACAGUAGCAAAAAUAUCACGGAAUGUAUGUAGGAAAAGCCUUUUUUUAUGAUCAAAUUUGGUUUCUCAAGGAGCUCUGCAUGAAAAUGCAAUUGCAUCAAAUACAUAAAAGCUACUAUCUCUUUGUAAUAUUUGAGCUUAAUAAACAGUAGCAAAAAUAUCACGGAAUGUAUGUAGGAAAAGCCUUUUUUAUGACCAAAUCUGGUUUCUCAAGUUAGUUCUACAUGAAAAUGCAAGUGCAUCAAAUACAUAAAAGCUAGUAUCUCUUUGUAAUAUUUGAGCUUAAUAAACAGUAGCAAAAAUAUCACGGAAUGUAUGUAGGAAAAGCCUUUUUUAUGACCAAAUCUGGUUUCCCAAGUUAGUUCUACAUGAAAAUGCAAGUGCAUCAAAUACAUAAAAGCUACUAUCUCUUUGUAAUAUUUGAGCUUAAUAAACAGUAGCAAAAAUAUCACGGAAUGUAUGUAGAAAAAGCCUUUUUUUAUGAUCAAAUUUGGUUUCUCAAGGAGCUCUGCAUGAAAAUGCAAUUGCAUCAAAUACAUAAAAGCUACUAUCUCUUUGUAAUAUUUGAGCUUAAUAAACAGUAGCAAAAAUAUCACGGAAUGUAUGUAGGAAAAGCCUUUUUUUUAUGAUCAAAUUUGGUUUCUCAAGGAGCUCUGCAUGAAAAUGCAAUUGCAUCAAAUACAUAAAAGCUACUAUCUCUUUGUAAUAUUUGAGCUUAAUAAACAGUAGCAAAAAUAUCACGGAAUGUAUGUAGAAAAAGCCUUUUUUUAUGAUCAAAUUUGGUUUCUCAAGGAGCUCUGCAUGAAAAUGCAAUUGCAUCAAAUACAUAAAAGCUACUAUCUCUUUGUAAUAUUUGAGCUUAAUAAACAGUAGCAAAAAUAUCAUGGAAUGUAUGUAGGAAAAGCCUUUUUUUUAUGACCAAAUCUGGUUUCCCAAGUUAGCUCUACAUGAAAAUGCAACUGCAUCAAAUACAUAAAAGCUAAUAUCUCUUUGUAAUAGUUGAGCUUAAUAAACAGUAGCAAAAAUAUCAUGGAAUGUAUGUAAGAAAAGCCUUUUUUUUAUGAUCAAAUUUGGUUUCUCAAGGAGCUCUGCAUGAAAAUGCAAUUGUAUCAAAUACAUAGAAGCUACUAUCUCUUUGUAAUAUUUGAGCUUAAUAAACAGUAGCAAAAAUAUCACGGAAUGUAUGUAGGAAAAGCCUUUUUUAUGACCAAAUCUGGUUUCCCAAGUUAGCUCUACAUGAAAAUGCAACUGCAUCAAAUACAUAAAAGCUAUUAUCUCUUUGUAAUGUUUUAGCUUAAUAAACAGUAGCAAAAAUACCAUGGAAGGUAUGUAGGAAAAACCUUCAAUGCAAAAGGCUACUAUCUCUUUGUAAUAUUUGAGCUUAAUAACGCAAUUGGCAAUAAUCAGGUACAAAAUAUCAUGGAAUGUAUGUAAGAAAAGCUCGUUAAAUUUAUUAAUAAAUAGUAAUUAUGUAUGAAAAUAAAGCUUUUUUCAAUUUCUUAAUAAUAUUUGAUUUAUUCUGUUCGCUUUCUUAUGAAAAUGCAAAUGAUUUAAAUGAAACAAAGCUACCAUCCUUUUGUUUUGAAAAUGCAUUGCAAUUGGUGGUUCAUUAUUCCAGACUGUAGUAAUAUACAUAGGUUCUUUGAUUGUGGAAAAAGUCUUUUUUUAUUAUCUUCUUUUAAAGGCAUUUGAUUUUUUCUUUGGUUUAAUGCAAAUGAUUAAAUUAUUGAAAAGCUAAAAUCUUUACUUGAUCAAAUAAUCGAAAAAUCCAUCCCGUAUUCUAAAAAUUAAUUGUUUAUUUUUUUUCUCAAUCUAUUUUAUUUCUCACGUGAUCAAACUCAAAUGCAAAUUAUUUAAAUACGUUGAAGCUUAAAUUUAAUCUGUUUAUGGAAAGAUAGAGUACUCCAUUGCAAUUAGUCGUUAUGCUGGUUAAUUCUGGUGAAAACAGAACGGGCUUUAGCCAUAAAAAAUGUUUAGGCAGAUUUAUAUUUUAGAUCAAAAAGUCAGGUAAAAACUAUCAAUACCAAUUAGUUUUGCAUUAAAUCUUACUGUUACGAACUGUAUGUUUUUAUUUAUCAAAUAUUCGUUGUGAGUCAUCAUGUCUUUGAUUCUGCGGUGCUGCUCUGGAUCCAAUGCUAGUCGUCCUCCUCGGCGCAAACAAUUGAUGGCUUGAAGGUUCACAUCGAUGUUAUCAAUUGCGCUCACAAAGUCAAAAAUCACCUGUUCUCGUGCAAUACUUGUUUCGCUUCCCGCAUAUCCAGAAAUCCAGAACCUUAAAUAAAUAAAUGGAACAUUAUAGUCAUUUUUUACAUGUGAUAUUAUCAAUACAAUGAUUCCCUCAUCUUGACGGGCUUGGGACCGGCAACACUACUAUCAUACUGAGCUGCAUUGCAUUGCAUUAGUUGCAUCAAGCAUGUUUGUUGCAAACAGUAUUCAUUACUAUGCAUUGAUCGAUAUACUUUCAAAUCUUAUCACAACACGCUUAAAAAGCUACGUGAUUAAAACCAAUACAUUUAAUAUUACAAGUUUUAGUCAACUAUCCAGUAAUUUUGCAUUUGAUUGUUUUUAAUUGUGUACAAAUUUUAAAUGACAUUUGAAUGAUUAAUGCAAAAACAAGAAUUAGAAUAGAAGCUAGUAUUUGUAAAAUAUUUUUCAAA